GACACUGUCAUAAGAGAGCACUACUGGUUCUGGAAACCGAACACAACAAGUAGAGUGAAGAGUGUUAGCACGCUUGUUAGUGAGUAUUUGACGAGUGUCGGAAGGGGCUGUCACAUGGUACUCAACUUGAACCCAGAUCCUUAUGGCUUGGUUGAAGAGGAGGAUAUGCAAGCAUACAAGGAGUUUGGUGAAGCUGUCAGUUUGCUGUACAAAAAUCUUGUCUUCACAGACAAAAAUCCAGAACUGAAAGUUGGAGUUGAGAUAGUGUGGAGUUUGCCAGAGCUUUACUGGAUGGGUAAGGGAGCCGUAGUAAUCAUGGAAAACAUAGCGGAAUUCGGACAGCUCGUUGAAGAAUACCAGCUGCGAUUUAAGACCCUAAAUGGCUGGCUUGAGUACCCUGAGCAAGGAAGUAGUGUUGGUCAGAAACGGAUUCAUGCUUUCCCUGCAGUAUUCACCGGGGAGGUCAUUUCUGCCAUAAGCUUAAACGUCACCAAAUUGGUGACAAAUGGCACCUCCAUUACAUUACGUGAAGUUUCUGUUUAUGACUGGAAUGAGGCAGGAUUGAAAGGCUAUGUGUGA